AUGUCUUCUCAUGACCACGCGGACUCUGAAUCUGAGAUUGCGGUCAAAAUGGAAUCUCGCGAUGCGUCAAACGGCAAUCACUUGAGAAACGGCGAGUCGCGUACCUCCUCUCGAUCUCCUCUACCUCCCAAGCAGGAGGUCUCUCCCAACUCCGAUGCAUCCAGCGCAAUGAAGCCAACCCGCGGUGACAUUCUUCUGAAGCAAGAGCCGGGCCAACCGGCCAAGCUAUCUCGGAGCUCAUCGCAGAAGGUUGCGUCGCGCCCCCCGCCACUGUACACGCACCUGCCGGACAGCACCCAAGAUGCGCUCGCGACCUUCGAGCAGAUCCCCGGCUGCAUAUACGCCAACAAAUACAUGGGAUACACUGAACAUGCCAUGGAAUGUGAUUGCGCUGAAGAGUGGGACCAGAAAAUUGGCCGAAAUAUCGCAUGCGGCGAGGACUCGGAUUGUAUCAACCGCGCGACCAAGAUCGAAUGUGCGGGCGACUGCGGCUGCGGCGCCGACUGUCAGAAUCAGCGAUUUCAGAAAAAGCAAUUUGCACCUGUUUCUGUUAUCAAAACAGAGAAGAAGGGGUUCGGAUUGCGCGCAGAAACGAAUCUCGACCCCGGAGAAUUAAUUUACGAAUAUGUCGGCGAGGUCGUGGGAGAGGCCCAAUUCCGGAAGCGCAUGAGGCAAUACGACGAUGAAGGCAUCAAGCACUUCUACUUCAUGUCUUUGAAUAAAGGCGAGUUUGUCGAUGCGACUAAAAGAGGCAACCUGGGGCGAUUCUGUAAUCACUCGUGCAAUCCCAACUGCUAUGUGGACAAAUGGGUUGUUGGUGAGAAGCUGCGCAUGGGAAUCUUCGCUGAACGUGCCAUCCAGGCCGGCGAAGAGCUGGUCUUCAAUUACAACGUUGAUCGAUACGGUGCUGAUCCCCAGCCUUGCUAUUGUGGAGAGCCCAUGUGUACAGGUUUCAUCGGUGGACGUACUCAGACUGAGCGGGCAACCAAGCUGUCAAAUGCAACCAUUGAAGCUCUUGGUAUUGAUGAGGCCGAUGGCUGGGAUACUGUGGUGGCGAAACGUCCCAAGAAGAAGAAGAUGGAAGAGGAUGACGAGGAGUACGUGGACAGCGUGCAGCCUAAGUCGCUAGAUGAAGACGGUGUGACCAAGGUCAUGGCAGCUCUCGUGCAGUGUCAGGAGAAGUGGAUUGCAGUUAAACUGCUAGGUCGUAUCCAGCGCUGCGAUGAUGAACGCGUUCGCAAUCGUGUGAUCAGGAUGCACGGAUACCAGAUUCUGAACUCCCAGCUGGCUCAAUGGAAAGAAGACCAGAACGUGGUCCUGCAGAUCAUGAACAUCCUGGACGGAUUCCCACGACUCACUCGGAACAAAAUCCAGGACUCGAAAAUCGAGGCGAACAUUCAGCCAUUGACUAAGUGUGAUGAUGAGCGCGUCGCAAAGAAAGCAGUUGCUCUGCUUGAGAGCUGGGCAGGUCUUGAAGUUGCUUACCGAAUUCCGCGCAUGAAACGCGGCAAAGAUGCAAAGCAGGCGGUCAAUCAGUUCGAACGCCGUGAGACUGGACGCGAGCGAUCUCGGACUCGCUCUCCUUCUCCCGUGUACGAUGCUCCACGCGCACCAGCAAUGCAACGAAGGGACCGAGGUCCUCAGCGAGCGAGACAACAAAACCGUCGUGGUCUUCGCCCGUUGCCCGAGGGAUGGUACACUGCAGAAGCCGAUGGCCGCGUUUAUUACUACUCUGCGUCAGGCAAAACCACAUGGGAGCGACCUACCUUGCCUGCGACUCCCGCUACUCCUGCCACUGGCCAGCCUGCCAGGAAUCAACAAAGCAAUUUGGCAUUGCAAAGCAUCAUUGAUGGGAUCAUGAACACCCAGGAGGACACCCCUUCUGAGCACCGGGCCGAUACACCUUUGACUCCUCAACCUUCCACCGAUCAGCCAGAUAAAAGGCAGAAGGAUGGAGAGAAGUGGAGAAAACUUCCCCUGGACAAACAGAAGAGGAUCUAUGAGAACACUCUCUUCCCAUUCAUCAAGCCCGUGGUUGAUCAGUACAAACACAAGAUUCCCGACCAUCAUUUGAAGCGAUUCGCGAAGGAGAUCGCAAAGAAACUCGUUGAAAGCGAUUACAAAAAGAAUCGCGUCUCGGAUCCCACCGCGAAGAUCCCCACAAAGCACCAGCAAACUGUGAAGAACUACUGCAAGACCUUUUUCCGCAAGGCCGCAGCCAAAUACGUUGCUCGCGAAAAGCUCGAGGCCGAGAAGUCGCAAUCACAAGGCGCCGACCCGACUCCUGGAGACGAACUUCCCGAUCCCGGUUCGACGAAAGUUUCCGACGACGAAGUCGAUGUUCUCGCGCGCGACCCCGCCAGUUCGCCGCUGCAAGAUGAUGACGCCGCGUCUCUCAAGCGCAAGCGGAGCAAGAGCUUGGGUCUUGACACCGGUGGCGACGGAGCGAGCUCUCCCGCCAAGCAGCAGAAGUCUACUCCCCCGCCGCCUCCGCCGCCUCCCCCUCCGGCUGAGAACCCCAUGCACGACGAUGCCGACGGCGAUACCAGCAUGGGCAACGCCGGCGAUGACCCGUCUCCCCCGCCGCCGAAAGACGGCACCAGCGUCAACGGCGACGUCAACAUGGAGACGGAUACGUAA